CUUCGGUCGGCCCUUGGCUUCGCAGGGCUGCCCGGCCCGGGUCUCCUAUGUGCCGGAGGCCGGGGUCCGAGAGAGAGGCGGAGGCGCAGGCCGAGGCCCGGGAGCGCGCUUGGUGACCCACAGAGACGGCGCCCGCGUCUUCCAAAAAGCCUGCGUCCGACUGAGGGCGCCUGCCCGCCAAGGAGCACCCGACGCGGCCCCCUGUCCCGGCCCCAGGUUCUCCCACUCACCCCUUACCUCUCUCCUCAGACGGGGUGCCAUUGCAUUGGUCUCAACGGUGGGAAAUUCUUUCACGACCCCCUUUCCCGCCUCCACCCACGCUGCCUUUCCUUCACUCAUUCAUGAGGAUUUAUUGAAUGCCCACUCUAGGCGCUCAGCACAUACACCGGAGUCCCUGGCCGCGAACCUUGGUCUUUAUAUAUCUUUUUCAAAGAAGAGAUGAUUUGGUGAUGGAGUGCUCCCCCUGACUGAUGGACUCAAAGAAGAAAAGCUCAACAGAAGCAGAAGGAUCCAAAGAAAGAGGCCUCGUCCAUGUGUGGCAGGCAGGAUCCUAUUCUGUAACACCGGAGAGAUUGCCAGGCUGGGGAGGAAAGACUGUCCUUCAAGCAGCUCUUGGGGUGAAGCAUGGAGUCCUUCUGACUGAAGAUGGUGAGGUCUACAGCUUUGGGACUCUUCCCUGGAGAAGUGAAUCAGCAGAGAUUUGUCCGAGUAGCCCCAUUCUAGAAAAUGCCCUGGUUGGGCAAUAUGUUGUUACUGUGGCAUCAGGAAGUUUCCACAGUGGAGCAGUGACAGAAAGUGGUGUAGUAUACAUGUGGGGGGAGAACUCUGCGGGCCAGUGUGCAGUAGCUAACCAGCAGUAUGUUCCAGAACCGAAUCCUGUCAGCAUUUCUGAUGCUGAGACCAGUUCUUUGUUGGCCGUCAGGAUUUUGCAGUUGGCAUGUGGUGAGGAGCACACACUGGCAUUGUCAAUAAGCAGAGAGAUUUGGGCAUGGGGUACCGGUUGUCAGUUGGGUCUCAUUACCACCGCCUUCCCAGUGACAAAGCCACAAAAGGUGGAACAUCUUGCCGGGCGAGUAGUGCUACAGGUUGCUUGUGGUGCGUUCCACAGCUUAGCACUGGUACAGUGCCUCCCUUCCCAGGAUCUGAAGCCAGUCCCAGAAAGAUGCAACCAGUGCAGCCAACUCCUGAUUACUAUGACUGACAAAGAAGACCAUGUGAUUAUAUCAGACAGUCAUUGUUGCCCAUUAGGUGUGACACUGUCAGAAACCCAGGCAGAAAACCAGGCCAGCACUGCCAUCAGCCCCUCCACUGAAACCCUUGACAAUCAGGGAGAAGUAUUCGAGAACACGCUUGUAGAAAAUGAUCUGACUGUUGCUACUGACACGAACGUUGGAAAUGUUCAGACCACGGGUGGUGAUGCCAUUUCCUCCCAACAAGACAUCAUGGGAACAACUGAAAUUUCUUCUGCCAGAAAUGUACCAUCAUACCCUGAUACUCAGGCAGUAAAUGAAUACGUGCAAAAACCGUCAGAUCAUUCAGUAAGAGAGAACUCAGAGAACGGCGAAAAGCCAGUGCCAUCUCAGCCUCUUGUAGAAGAAGCAGUUCCUAAUCUUCACAGCCCACCAACCACAAGCACCUCAGCCCUAAACAGCCUAGUGGUCUCUUGUGCAUCUGCUGUUGGUGUGAGAGUGGCCGCUACAUAUGAAGCUGGGGCCUUGUCUCUUAAGAAAGUUAUGAACUUUUAUAGUACGGCCCCUUGUGAACCUGGAACUCAGGCAGGCAUUAGUUCCAUAGGCCCAGAAGGUCUGAAAGAUAGCAGAGAAGAACAGGUUAAACAGGAAUCAAUGCAAGGAAAGAAGAGUUCAAGUCUUGUGGAUAUCCGAGAAGAGGAAGCAGAGGGAGGAAGCCGAAGACUCUCCCUCCCUGGCUUGUUGUCCCAAGUUUCCCCCAGGCUCUUAAGAAAAGCUGCACGGGUGAAAACACGGACAGUGGUUCUGACCCCAACGUACAGCGGAGAGGCAGAUGCACUCCUGCCUUCUCUGAGAACAGAGGUGUGGACCUGGGGGAAAGGGAAGGAAGGACAGCUGGGGCAUGGUGAUGUUCUGCCUAGGCUUCAACCACUGUGUGUAAAAUGUCUGGAUGGUAAAGAAGUAAUCUAUCUCGAGGCAGGUGGUUACCAUUCUCUUGCACUUACUGCGAAAUCCCAGGUCUACUCAUGGGGUAGCAAUACCUUUGGUCAACUUGGCCAUUAUGAUUUUCCAACAACAGUUCCUCGUCUUGCAAAGGUGAACAGUGAAAAUGGAGUCUGGAGUGUAGCCGCAGGCCAGGAUUAUUCCCUGUUUUUAGUGGAUACAGAAGACUUCCAGCCUGGGUUAUAUUACAGUGGCCGGCAGGACCCUGCAGAAGGUGACAACCUUCCAGAGAAUCACAGUGGUACUAAGACUCCAGUACUUCUCUCCUGUAGUAAGCUCGGAUAUAUAAGCAGAGUGACAGCAGGAAAAGAUAGCUAUCUAGCUUUGGUGGACAAAAAUGUUAUGGGAUAUAUUGCCAGUCUCCAUGAGUUGGCUACUACAGAAAGACGGUUCUAUUCAAAACUAAGUGACAUCAAAUCUCAGAUUCUCAGGCCCCUGCUCAGUUUAGAAAAUUUGGGCACUGCAAAUACAGUCCAGCUGUUGCAGGAGGUGGCAAGCCGAUUCAGCAAGCUGUGUUACCUAAUUGGUCAGCAUGGAGCCUCACUGAGCAGCUUCCUUCAUGGGAUAAAGGAAGCCAGGAGUUUGGUCAUUCUGAAGCAUGCAAGUCUCUUCUUGGAUAGUUAUACAGAGUAUUGCACAUCUAUUACAAAUUUCCUGGUUAUGGGAGGAUUCCAGCUUCUUGCUAAGCCUGCCAUUGAUUUCCUAAAUAAAAACCAAGAGCUAUUGCAAGAUUUAUCAGAAGUAAAUGAUGAAAACACCCAGUUGAUGGAAAUACUGAAUACUCUGUUUUUCUUGCCAAUCAGACGACUUCAUAAUUAUGCAAAAGUUUUGCUAAAGCUUGCUACUUGUUUUGAAGUGACAUCUCCAGAAUACCAGAAACUGCAGGAUUCCAGUUCUUGUUAUGAGUCUCUUGCUCUCCAUCUCGGCAGGAAAAGGAAGGAAGCUGAAUACACACUGGGCUUCUGGAAGACCUUUCCCGGGAAAAUGACGGAUUCCUUGAGGAAGCCAGAGCGUCGGCUGCUCUGUGAGAGUAGUAACCGAGCCCUAUCUCUGCAGCAUGCUGGGAGGUUUUCUGUGAAUUGGUUCAUUCUCUUUAACGAUGCCCUAGUCCAUGCCCAGUUCUCCACACAUCAUGUUUUCCCUUUGGCCACGCUAUGGGCAGAGCCACUUUCUGAAGAAGCUGGUGGUGUGAAUGGCUUAAAGAUAACUACACCUGAGGAGCAGUUCACUCUCAUUUCAUCAACACCCCAGGAAAAGACUAAGUGGCUACGGGCUAUAAGCCAAGCUGUGGAUCAGGCUUUGAGGGGGACAUCUGACCUUCCACCUUAUGGAAGUGGCAGCAGUAUUCAGAGGCAGGAACCACCCAUUUCACGCAGUGCCAAAUAUACUUUCUAUAAGGAUCCUCGCCUAAAGGAUGCAACCUAUGAUGGACGCUGGCUUUCAGGGAAGCCUCAUGGCAGAGGGGUUUUGAAGUGGCCAGAUGGAAAGAUGUAUUCUGGCAUGUUCAGGAAUGGCUUGGAAGAUGGAUAUGGAGAAUACAGAAUCCCAAACAAAGCACUGAACAAAGAAGACCAUUAUGUGGGCCAUUGGAAAGAAGGAAAAAUGUGUGGUCAAGGAGUCUAUAGUUAUGCCUCUGGUGAAGUGUUUGAAGGCUGUUUUCAAGAUAACGUGCGUCAUGGUCAUGGUCUCCUGCGAAGUGGAAAAUUGACUUCCUCUUCUCCCAGCAUGUUCAUUGGCCAAUGGGUAAUGGAUAAGAAAGCAGGAUAUGGUGUCUUUGAUGAUAUCACUAGGGGGGAAAAGUAUAUGGGAACGUGGCAAGAUGACGUAUGUCAAGGGAAUGGUGUGGUAGUUACGCAGUUUGGAUUAUACUAUGAAGGCAACUUUCACCUUAAUAAAAUGAUGGGAAAUGGGGUUUUACUUUCCGAAGAUGAUACUAUAUAUGAAGGAGAAUUUUCAGAUGACUGGACUCUUAGUGGAAAGGGAACACUGACUAUGCCAAAUGGAGAUUACAUUGAAGGUUAUUUUAGUGGAGAAUGGGGAUCUGGGAUAAAAAUCACUGGAACCUACUUCAAGCCUAGUUUGUAUGAGAGUGACAAAGACAGACCCAAAGUUUUGAAGCUGGGAAACCUGGCAGUGUCAGCUGAUGAAAAGUGGAAAGCAGUAUUUGAUGAAUGUUGGCAUCAACUGGGCUGUGAGAACCCAGGCCAAGGGGAAGUUUGGAAAGCAUGGGACAAUAUUGCUGUGGCCCUGACCACCAAUCGGCGCCAACACAGAGACAGUCCAGAGACAUUAAGUCGUUCGCAGACUCAGACACUAGAGAGUUUGGAAUUCAUUCCUCAGCAUGUUGGUGCCUUCUCUGUGGAGAAAUAUGAUGAUAUCAAGAAAUAUUUAAUAAAGGCCUGUGACACUCCUCUGCACCCCUUGGGCAGGCUUGUGGAGACACUGGUUGCAGUUUAUAGAAUGACAUACGUGGGUGUGGGAGCCAAUCGCCGGUUAUUGCAGGAGGCUGUGAAGGAGAUUAAGUCUUACCUUAAGCGAAUUUUCCAGCUGGUGAGGUUUUUAUUUCCUGAGCUUCCUGAAGAGGGCAGCACAAUUCCUCUCUCUGCUCCUCUGCCAACAGAAAGGAAAUCCUUUUGCACUGGGAAGUCAGAUUCCAGAUCGGAAUCUCCAGAGCCAGGUUAUGUGGUAACAAGUUCUGGAUUACUGCUUCCUGUCCUACUACCUCGGCUCUACCCACCACUGUUCAUGCUCUAUGCCCUGGAUAAUGAUCGUGAGGAAGACAUUUACUGGGAAUGUGUUCUACGACUAAAUAAGCAGGCAGAUAUUGCUCUUUUGGGCUUCCUUGGGGUACAGAGGAAAUUUUGGCCAGCGACCUUGUCAAUCCUUGGAGAGAGUAAAAAGGUUUUGCCAACUACAAAAGAUGCUUGUUUUGCCUCAGCCGUAGAAUGUCUGCAGCAGAUCAGCACAACAUUUACCCCGUCAGACAAACUUAAGGUCAUCCAGCAGACUUUUGAAGAGAUCUCUCAGAGUGUCCUGGCAUCACUUCAGGAAGACUUUUUGUGGUCCAUGGAUGACUUGUUUCCUGUUUUCUUAUAUGUGGUGCUACGGGCCAGGAUUAGGAAUUUAGGCUCUGAGGUACACCUCAUUGAGGAUCUAAUGGACCCAUAUCUUCAGCAUGGGGAACAGGGUAUAAUGUUCACCACCUUGAAGGCAUGUUACUACCAGAUCCAGCGUGAGAAGCUUAACUAGGAAGCACAACAGCUUGACAACUGGAUUAUCUGUAGGAUAUUUUAGCACCAUCUGGUGUCUUCCUAUAGUGGCAAAAAAGAAUGGUGUUGAAAUUAGGACGUUUUGUUAUUUUGGUGGUUUUUUUCUGAGCCUUACUAAUGAUGAUAGCCCUGAGCCCAGAAAAAAAAGACUGUAUGAUUUAAAGGGAGGGUUGAAAAGGAGAUCGAAUUCAAUUAAACCAGGCCCUUUCCUAUGUUAAGUCCCCCAAAUAUCACACAUUUACUGUUUGGAAAAAGAGGACAUCCCUUCCUACAGUAAAGAGUAUGCCAGCUACAUGAAGUUGUAAGAAGAAUUCUCAGUAUAGCUUCUUACAUUAAAGAAGUUAAAAAAUUCUUUUGAGUUUUGGGUUUGCCUGCAGUUACCCCAGACCCCUUUGCAAGGAGCAGAUUGUACUUGAAACUAUAGUAGCUACACUAUGCCUUCCUGAAUUCCUUGCAGUCACGUGUGCAUCAUGCUUCUUUGCGGAGGGAGGGGAAAGAGGACCUUCUAAAACUGCAGUUUUAACUUUUUCUAAGCUUUUUCACCAGGGUAUUCAUGAUGGGAGAGGUUCUAUGCAGUGACUACCAUACCCUGACCCCAAACAUGAAACACAUCUAAAUAGGAGUCUUCUGCCUCCUGACUAGAAAGAACAUAGGAGUUUUGUUCUUGGAUUCCUUUCAGUGCUACAGAGUGAAUACAAUGGAAUUCGAGCACUGACUCUGAGCUGCUUUGGAACCUCACUCAUCCGUGUGCAAAUGCUGUAUUGCUAGGCCUGUGAAUGAGAGCCUGAAGAGCUUUUGCAUGUGGGCUGUGUUUUGGAGCAGGACUAAAUUCUGGGAAAUAUGGAAGCAAGGAACUGCAUCUAUCCUUGAUCUAGUGUUUUGGUUCUUCCCUGUACCUCGCACUGAACUCACCGAGGGGAAGAAAAAGGAAAGAAGUUUGGCUUUUCCCAUCUCAAAUGUAUUGUAACACCUCAACAUUUUAGCGUUUUGCCUCUCACCUUUUUUUUUUUUUAAUGUCCUAUUGUAAAUGGUUGGUUUACACUGUACAAGUAACACUAGUAGCUGUUUUGAAUAACAUAGGUGCUCUUCCUCAUCUCAUCUCCCACACACCAUGGUGAACAUAUGGACUAUCCUCCAGAUUUGUGUUAACAUCAGCAGGUGUUAAUCAAUUUUAAAAAAGGAUCAUGGUUUCUGCUCUACUUUAUAAUCAAGACAUGUUUAUUAAAAUACUGUUUCGGAAUGUUGGCUGUAAUGUAGCAGCAAUUUUCAUAAUAAAAGACAUUCAUCUCUA